GAGAAGAAACUCGGGGAGAAGUUGAUCGCCCAGUUUGCGCUUUUUGCAUAAAACUGAUAGGAGAAAACCAGCACCAUGCACUCGGGAGGGAAAUCUGGGAGUGUGCUUGCUGCCAGCGUUACAUUAGCACAAAAACGGACUCGACAUGAAAUCUCGCAGAACCCGUGUUAAUGAGAGGUCUACCUACUAGGCGUUGAUGGAUUAAAUUCAUUUGAAGAUGAUGUUCAAUAACUAUUUUUCGAAAUAUUCAAUUCAAUUAAUCUGUGCUCAGUGAUUUUUCAUAAUAUUUAAUAUAUUUAUUUCUGUCAUGUAUUCGUGGUUGACGGAAUUCUACGCCAAGAUGGGAUUUCUAACAUGUGUGAUUUUUGUAUUGAUACUAAGUCCGGUCAUUCUAGGAAGUCAGUGCGUUUUAAGUGACGGUAAAUGUGCUUAUAAUGUGUAUCUAUCAAACGGCAAUGACUGCGGAAGACCACUACAAAAAGGUGCCGCCAUUCAGAAUGAACAGAGGGACGAUUACACCGCAGCCGACAUCCAGAGGGACUUCAAUGUCGUCAAAACUGACCACGAGGACAGAAUCAGAGAGCUUGAGGCCUCUGUCCAGAAGAUGCUGAGGUCAUCUAUACCAACCAAUCAGAUGUCGGCAUCCUCCGGUCCUCGGGAUGGACUGCUAGGACCAGUCAACGUUGAAAGUUUGUUCCCCGGUGUUAAUGCAACUGAGCGAGGUCUGCUUUCUUCUCUUCAUAACCAUUUUACAAAAUUAAGAAAUGAUAUUCAGGCGCAGACGAGAAAAUUAUUAGACAUGCAGGUGAGAUUAAAUGACACCACUAACGCAUUGUCACAAGCUCACGACGAGUUGUUCAAAAACAGCGAAAAGGUGAUCGCGGCGGAGCACAAGGUCACUUCAAUGGUGCAAGAAAGAUACAUUCUAAAAAAUCAAAUAAAAUUCAAAUCUGAACAGCUUCAUCAAGCAUUAGAGAAAGUGAAUUUUACGGAUGCUAAGCUUUUACAAGUAGAAAAACAAUUAUAUGUCUUGGUCCGAUCGGAGUCCAAUCUGAAAGAAGAACUGGGGCUCUACCAAUGGAAGUUCAACAACAGUCUGAAAGCUAUCAAAAGCUUGAAGAAUAAUCAUACGAGAUUAGAGAGAAAAUUAAAUAAAACCCAAGCAGAGUUAGACCGGGCCAACAUUGACCUCAUGGAAUGCAUUACUGCAAAGACACAGUCCUUUUGUGGUUUUGAAAAUGAUGACAUGUGUGGAUUCACUCAAGAGGAGGUCACUGACGAUUUUGAUUGGACAAGGAUAAAAGGGGAAACUCCCUCCACGGGUACUGGACCCAUCGGGGACCACACUUGCGGCACAGUCGAGGGAGCUGGACACUUCCUGUUCAUUGAGGCUUCCGGUAAGAACAGCAACCAGAAAGCCGUCAUUUACUCCCCCUUCUACCAGAGCCUGGGUCACCUGUGUGUGGGGUUCUAUUACCAUAUGUUUGGUCGUCAGACGGGCACUCUAAAUGUUUAUACAAAGACACGAACUGGUGACGUACUUACUACGGCGUGGAGAGCAUAUGGUAACCAAGGAAACGUUUGGAUCCAGGCUCUUCUUGACAUCCCCAAGAAUCUGGCUAGGGCAGGGUUUCAGUUGGUGUUUGAAGCUAUACUAACCAGUGGUUACCUUGGAGACAUAUCCAUAGAUGACAUAUCAGUUGAUGACGGAAGAUGCAAUUCCCGCACUGUCACACCUGUAUCCGUGACGUCAAAUGUGACGCAAGCACGCACCUCACAGAUUCGAAGACUCCAGAAAUUUAGGAAGUUCCGAAAGAUGCUUCGACGACGUAGAAAUCUGUGAUCGUUCUUUAUUGUUGGGUGCAUCUUGGUUAUUCAUCUUUUUGGAUAUCCAUGGCAUUUUUUUCCUGUGCAGUCGAACUAUCCUACAUGUACAUAAUAACUUGCUAAGACGAUCUAACAGAACUUAUCAGAUCAGUAUAUAUUUUUAUCUGCAAAUAAAUAUAAUUAGGGUCUAAGUCAAAGUUCAUAGGUACUUGGCGACAUGAAACCCCUUAGUGUUCGAAGCGAGGGAUAUUCUCUUGUUGUUCAAGAGACAUUUUAAAAAUCCCGUCAAAGAUCAUACUUUAAUCUCAUCCCCAGGAUUUUGAUUUUAACAACGUCUUGUCAAGUGUGUGGUUGGCAAAAAUGAGAACUCUAGAUAUCUUUUAUGCGCAAUAAUUUUUGCAAACCAACAGUGUUAUGAGAGUAAUGGAUCGGAAUUCAUAUAAAGAUGGAAGUAACGGAUCAGAACGCACGUAACAAUUAGAGGAGCGGAUGAAAAUUCACAAGACAAUUUGAGUAGCAGACAAAAUUCAAAUGAAGAUGAGAGUAACGCAUUGGACUUCAUGCGAAGAUAAUAGUAGCGGAUCGGAAUUCAUGUGAAGGUGAUAGUAGCGGAUCGGAAUUCAUGUGAAGGUGAUAGUAAAUGUAUAACGGAUCGGAAUUAAUAUGAAGAUGAGAGUACAACGGAUCGGAAUUUAUGUGAAUUAAGAUGAGAGUAGCGGAUCGAAAGUCACUUGACGAUGAGAAUUGCGGAUCGAAAUCCCUGGCUAACGAAGAUUUUUGUUCGAAAGAUGUGAUUGAAUGAAGUUAUCACAAAAUAAAAUCCAAAUUGAAUGCAAUGUCACAAUUUGUCGUGAGGAGUAAAAUGAUCGAUAUCUUGCAAUAUGGAUAACUUGGAAGUAAAAGAAUACGAGAUCAAGGUCAGAAAUGCUGGCAUCUGAUCACAAGAUCUGUACAAGCUUGUGGUUUUCAAUUAUUGUUUUAAACUUUAAAAACGUGGCCCAGGUCGGGUUUUUUUCUACAAGUAGCUACACAUUGUGUAUCUACCGAAGGUUGAUGUCACAAAGCAAAGCGACUUUGGUAUAUCAUUCAUGCGCUCUUGACAGAAGGACUAAGAGAACAAAUAGAAACUGCCUUAUAAACUCUUAACUUUGCUGUGUACAGAGUACAUUUAAUCCGUGUGUUAUAUGUAGACACCGUGCAUUAUUGUCAUUCUCUGCAUCAUCAUACUAAUAUUAUUCUCUGUGUCGUGAAUUAUCCUGUAAGUCUUGACUUUUGAUUCUGUACUUGUUGGAUAUAAAUGCGCAUAGUAUUAGUACCAUUCUCUUACCAAGGAAUGUGGUAUGUUUACAAACGAAUUGUUGUCAUAUUUUUGUCUAUCACUUCUACCAAGAAAAUUUGCAAAAUUCGGUAGUGCCAUUUAUCAACAAAUAUUUUGUCAACUGAAUGGUCAAUUAUCUGUCUUAAAAGUAAAAGAAAAUCAAAAUAGAAA